UUUCAGCUAUCUGCGACUCCCUGCAGUGGCAAUAUCUUUGUGUGUGGGUUCAGUGCUGGCACGCAGGAAAACUGGCUCAUCACACAACACAUCAGUCGUCAUCUGAGCAGCGGACAGCUCUUUAGUGCCUUUACAGUCAAAAUAGAGUUCGAGUUCCAGCUGUGUGAUCGUGAGCGCCAGUGCGUCCAGAGUUUUGAGCUACGCAAGUGGGAAACGUCUGCUAUUGAUCCAAACGUCGCCAAGGAAAAUUGACAACUUUGUGUUAGUAGGCAUUUUAAGCCCGAAUGCUUCAAGCGAUGGGAUAGGGACAGAAACCGCACGAAUAAACGUGGAAUUUGAUACGCAAGAGUCGGGAAUGUAUCUGGCCCUUGUGGACCUUGGAACUUGCGUUUUUGUUCAUCGCGUUCUCGUGUUCUACAAUGGAGCUCUGUGUUCGGGAGAGCAAACGGGGUUGAUACAACAUCCAGAGGUGUUACCACCCCGGAAUAGAGUCGUGGGGAAAUGUGUCGCCAACAGUAGUACACUCGAUGGGUUGGACCCUGCACUCCAGUGCACUGACGAAGGACACUGGAGAGUGCUAACACCCUGUCUUUGUGGUCCUGGCUUUGAAUUGACAGUGGUGAAUGGAGAUGCAUCAUGUACUGAGUGUCCACGGGGAACAUAUUCAGCUGGGCUGAGCAACAGUUCGUGUCUCCCUUGUCCGGCCAACAGUAUCAUACCAGACUCCGAACUGGGGCUCAGCACUCAAUGCCCCUGCAUCAAUGGGUACUUCAAGGCACCUACUGACACUUACAGUGAACCCUGUACAAGGUCACCAUCAGCUCCUCGGAACCUGACAGUGUCAAAUGUGACCAACACAUCGGCCGUCCUCUCCUGGUCUCCUCCUGAUAAUGGUGGAGGGAGACCUCUCUAUGAGAUAUUCUACACCGUCUACACCUACUAUAAUGGCUCUCUGGCUACAAUGGAGCUGGUAGUAAACAGUACAGAGACCAUUGUGACUGGACUGACUCCUGGUGUCCUCUACACAUUCUCUGUAUCUGCUGAGAAUGAUGUCUCCUCUCAGGACAACAAUAUCAAUGCCAGGAGUCUCAGUACCACUGCAACUACUCUUUAUAGAGUACCCUCUAGUGUCUGGGAUAUUCAGGAGCAUUGUACGGUGAUUUUAUGGAAGACACCAGCCGAAACUCACGGCAGCAUCAUCGGAUACCUACUAACGUUUCAGAAGGGAGAGCAGAGUACAGACGUAUAUGUGGUUGAUCCUACUUACCACUACCAUGUCAUUCAACCCAGUGAUAUCCCCCCUGGCACUGGCAAAGUUUCAGUGGAGGUAAGGGCUCGGAACAUACUUGGAUUAAGCCAGCAUCUGGAGCGCAAACUGGCAAUAUCGUGCUUGAGCGAGACUUCAACUCCAGAGCCUUCUCCAGUCAUCACGGAGUUCCCCUCAUGCCCUCCUUGGCCGACCUGCCCUCCACCUGACCCCUGUCGCUCCUGCCCCUCCCUCCCAAUCCCUUCUCCAACCUGUUUGGCAUGCCCUGGUGUCACCUUCUCUACUCCCCCCUCUUGUCCUCCCUGCCCAGUCCCUUCACCACGUCCCACAACACCAGACACACCAUCAGUCUGCCCCACUUGCCCCACUUGUGGACCUUGUCCAACGUGUGAACCCACCACUGUGUGUCCAACCUGCCCUCAAGUGUCCUGUCCAGCCACACCCACUCCGACUUGUCCUCCUCCUAUCUCAUGCCCUGGCCCAGUGGAUUGUCCGGAAUGUCCAACACGUCCACCUUGCACUGAGAUAACCUGCCCAUCAUGCGCAGAGUGCCCUGCAGAAGUAUUUACUGUUCCAGGUAUGAUACAUGUGUAGCUCAAGUG